GCCAAUGAUAUUUAAACACAUAGCCAUGAGCAAAUUCAAAUCAAAUUUCAAUUUUACAGACCAAUGUAAGUAUCCAGUCCAGUGAGACAGUCAAGAUUUUAGAGAAGGAUUGCAUGGUAUAUAAAUUGUCUAAGUUUAAAGUGCAAUUUUCCAAAGCUCACAAUGUAAACAUAUGAUCACUAAGCAGCUUCCUCUCAUAUAAAUUUUAAGAAUGAAAAGACCUUGGGUUCCAAAGAUGACGAAGAAAAUUUUGGGUUCCAAGAAGAAAUUUUGGGUUCAGCCGAAGCCAGAAGAUCAUGGUGGUCGCAAUCUUCUAUUUAUUCGCGGUGGUGAUGCUCGUAAUCAUACUCCAUCUCUAUGCUAGAUACCUGAUGCAACGCCGAGUAAGAAGGCGUCUGGCUUUCCUUCAUGCCCUCAAAGCCCAAACUGCACCAAUUAACACAAGCUCCAGCAUUAAUUGCCCACCGAAUACCCAGAUUAUGGAUAGCCAAGAAUAAUUUCACAUACCAAAGAGGAUUGGGAGGCAGGACGGAUUGCAGUAAUUGGUUAAUUAAAAUUAUUUACAUGAUAAUAAUAUUAAAAUAAAAAUUAUUAAUUUUUAUAUAAAUUAAUUAUAAAAAAAAUACAUUUAUUGUAUCUAAUAUGUGCCCAACAAACUUUUACAUUAAAAGAAAAUUUUGACAAAUUUAAUGAGUUUAACAAAAUUAAUGGUGAUCAAAACCAUGAUCCCUCUAUGCUAGGCAUAAGUUCAAUUA